AUGGUGCUGGAAACACCUUUGCUCCGGGUGAGCAGGCCGGUGGCUGCAUGUUCGAGAUGCCGUGCUUCGAAAGUGAAAUGCGACGGAAAGCUGCCAUCGUGCUCAGCCUGCGAGAAAAAUAACCACGAGUGUUCCAACACGAAUGAUCAGUUUGCAAGGGGAAAGGAGCGCAGUUACGUAACUGUUCUAGAAACCCGUGUGGAGAAACUGGAGAAGAAGAUCGCCGAGGCGAGAGCAAGGCGGAAGAGCUCCACCAUCCUGAUGAACGACUAUUCAGAAGCUGCCACUCCGAGGCCCCGUUCAGCCGAAACCGUCAAGCCCGUCAAUAAACGUGCUGCUCUCCGCAAAGAAGCAAUGAACAUGGACGAGCUCGAGUCUGCCUUCGGUCUUUUGGCAGUCAAUGCCACUGCACGAGACUUUUAUGGCUUCACCUCUGCCAUGACAUACGCCCGCCUUAUUCUAGCCGCUAGUUCAAAAGAACCGCUGCCUGACGAUUUGACCAAAGCUCUCCCACCAAAAUUCGCAGCAACACCCUUGGUCCAACAUUACCUGACCAACAUCUAUACCCUGCUUCCUUUUUUCGAUGAAGCCGCCUUCUUUCGUUCGGUUGAUGCUGUCUAUCAUCCUGGCACGACCGCUACUGCGUCCGCCAUGGACCACUGGAACGUCCGCAUGGUUCUUGCGGUGUCUUGUUUGUCCCAAUCGGAGCAACGAGGAGAUACCCUUUACUUGGACGCCGUGGGACACGUGAACGCCGCACUUCGGUACAAGGAGGAGGUUCUGCAUCCGGGGCGGAUAGGCAGUAUCCAGGCCCUGCUUCUUCUUGUCGAAUAUGCCAUGAUGGACCCACACCACUUUGACAGCUGGACCUUGAUUGGAGCAGCAUCAAGACUGAUGGUCGAUCUGGGCAUUCAUCAGGAGCCGUCCCGCAGUCUUGCGAUAUCGAAAGCCAAGCUCGAACUGAGACGUAGAGUAUACUGGUGCGUCUACGCAUUGGACAGAUCCACAUCGCUCGUCCAGACUAGAGCAUUCUCUUUUUCGGAUGACUCUGCGAACGUUGCACUCCCGUUCAACGGUCCUGCUACCUCACCCAGGAAUACAUCCCCGCAAACACCCAUGUUUCAGCAAUCCUUCGGUGCCGCCCUUGAUCUAUUCAAAAUUCGAGAGUUGCAGUCCGAAUGGUACAUGGAACUCUUUCAAUCCGGCCGCGAGCCAUGGGCGUAUGUAGAUGCGUAUCCGUACAUUUGGAGCACAUACGCCAAGAUGACGCAGUGGUUCAAAGACUUACCUACCAGCCUAUUGCCGUCGCAACGGUCAUUUUUCGAACUGGAGCUUCUGUACAGCUACGUCUACAUACUCUCAAAAAGCCCACGGAUCCCACAUAUCCAUGAAUAUGCGCAACGACUGAUUUUCGAACACUGCAUCGCUUAUGCCACCUCCCUCCUCGCUCUCAUCUCACAGGCCUCCAACACAACGAAACCUCCCAUCACUUUCUACGACGCCAUGCGCGCCUACAUGACCGGUCGGCAAUUCGUCGACGUUCUACGCAACCCAGAUGCCCUGCUUGACCCUGUACCUGCCCUUCCACCCGCAUCAUCGAUCCGAGGAACAGCCUCCGACGACCCCCUCGCACCGUCCGCCCAGGCCCCACCGCCCCCAUUCCCCUCACCGGUACUAUCGGUAAAUCAGACCAUGCCAAAAGAUCCCACGACGCGCGCAAUCGACGCAAUCAACGACUUCACUACUAUUCUCUCCAAGUGUGGAAACCGCUUCGGAUUCACCCACUGGCGAGAUCGAUUCCAGCGCGAAUCCGCAGCUCUGCUGGCACAGCUUUACAAUCGUGCGAGCAACUCGCCAAAUACAAAUAGCCAGCAUAUCAUGUCUCACACUGGCUUUCAGCAGCCCCAAGCUUGGAUACCGUCGGGCGUUCCGAAUCCGAACCAACAAGCGUCUUUCCUCCAUCAGCACCAGCCUACUACGCCUCCUUCUGUAUAUCCCGCCCAACCCGGUUCCUUCUCAUCUAGUCCCUUCGCACAAGAGGUUUUCGGAGCCCAGACUCAGACCCAGCAGCAGAUGGCUCCAGACUGGACCACGCCGCCUCUGCCAUCGCAACCGGUGCCAGGGUUACCGUCCCCAAGUGAGGGGAGGAUGCGACAUGCGCUCCUAUAUGGGCCUGGGCUGCCUCCGCCGCGGCGGCCGAAGAGCGCGACCAGUGCGCAGAAGUGUCAGGGAUCAUGA